GCUGCGUCAUACCAUUGGCUGUCGAGAAGGAGAGAGAUGUUGAUCGACAGCAGGAUUUAUCCAUAUAGAGCCAACACUCACAUUCAGCAUCACCAACAUUUGUGCUUGUGCUCUUGCUACAUCAUUAUCUUCGUGUUUGUACGUCCAGACGCCACCUGAGCAGAGCAACAUGAGCCCCAAGAAUGUGGUCUUCAAGAAGAUCUGCAAGGACAAAUCAGUGGGAGUCUACAUGGGGAAACGAGACUUUGUGGACCAUGUGGACUUUGUGGACCCAGUAGAUGGUGUCGUGCUCAUUGACCUCGAGGCACUGCAGGGGAGGAAAGUGUUCGUCACUCUGUCCUGCACCUUCCGCUAUGGCCGUGACGACAUGGACGUGAUGGGCAUUGCGUUUCGCAGGGAGCUGUACCUGUCUACCCGCCAGGUAUACCCUCCCCUGCAAGACCGAGAACAGGGCAUCCAUACCAGGACUCAAGCCAAGCUGCUGCGUAAGCUGGGAGACGAUGCCUACCCAUUCUUCUUUGAGUUCCCCGACAACCUGCCAUGCUCGGUGGCGCUCCAGCCAGCACAGCAUGACGUUGGCAAGCAAUGUGCCGUGGAGUUUGAGGUCAAAGCGUUCAGCGCCGAGAGCCAGGAUGCCAAAGUACACAAACGGAGCUCCGUGAAGCUGAUGAUCAGGAAGGUGCAGUACAGUCCAGAAAACGAAGGGGUGGCGCCGUCUAUGGAAAUCACACGUGACUUUGUCAUGUCAGACAAGCCGCUGAAUGUGAGGGCCAGCCUGGACAAAGAGAUUUAUUACCAUGGCGAGACCAUCAGAGUGCACGUUGACAUCACCAACAGCUCCAGCAAGAACGUUAAGAACGUAGUCCUCUCUGUGGAUCAGGUGUCCACGGUGGUGUUGUAUUCCAACGACAGCUACGUCAAAUGUGUUGCCAUCGAUGAAUCUGGGGACACCGUGUCUGCGGGAGGGACACUCCAAAAGGACUACAAGCUCCUUCCCCUGUUGGCCAACAACAGAGAGAGGCGAGGCAUAGCACUGGACGGAAAACUCAAGCACGAAGACACCAACUUGGCGUCAUCCAGCAUCAUCAAGCAGGGCGUCCUGAAAGAAGUCCUGGGAAUUAUGGUGUCCUACAGAGUCAUGGUCAAGCUCAUCAUUGGAGGCGUGAUGGGAUCAAGUGAGGUGGAACUGGAGCUUCCUUUCAAACUCAUGCACCCAAAACCCGACACAGUCAAAGAGAGUGAGAUGGAGGACGAAAUGGUGUUCCAGGAGUUCAAGCGGUCUUACCUGAAAGGAAUGGUCGCUGACGACGACGAGGAGGAAGCCAAUGUGUCGGGCGGCGACGACAUGGCGCCGAAAGAGAAGUAACAGCUAGCUAUCAAGCUAACACUGCUGGCCGGUUUGCUCAACAUUCAAUUGUAGUUGUAGGUAAUAAGUCUUUAUGUAACCAUGGUAGAUGCUAAUUAGCACCUGGCAGUAAUGAAAGUGGCUUCUUUACCAAUGACAAUAAAUCACACCAAAGACUGUUAGCAGCAGCUGCUGCUGUUAAUGAACGUGUAAUAGGUAUUUUAGUGCAGUGUUUCAUAUUUUAAAUGAGAGAAAAAAGCAUAUAAAUGAAUAAAGUAUUUCUUCAACAC